AUGUGGACGAUCAGGCGACCCUUCGAAAAGAUUCCGUUGCAACUGAUCAUUCCAGGUAAAGAAGCUCUUCAGCAGUUGAUUCUCAGCGAGGCGCAAAUCACCUUGGAGCGCCUUCCGGCCAUCGAGAAUUACCGCUUAACGCUUCAAGCCUCGAAAAAUGCGUACACUGGUGUUCGACCAACGAUUGUAGAGCUAAUGCAUGGAGCACGCGAAGCUGCCGUUGCGGAAAAGGGUGUAUUUAUACCUGUUUUCACAAACAUUGUCGGCGCACUGCUGUAUCUACGGAAUAGCUGGGUAGCUGGACAAGCCGGUCUUCGUAAGUGCAUCACUAAUAAUUCUAUGUACAUGCAAUUUGCUCAGGGGACCAAACUGAUGCACUGCACGUCAGAGGAACUUGCAGCCGUGCAGAAAGCAUUUUUCCCAGCGACUCAGCACUUUCAUCAAUAUUCGCAGUCACUGCAUUAA